AUGGCUACUACUACCAACGCGAUGAUGGCGACGACGAAAACGACUUCGUCAAAGUUCGCACAACAACAACAAAAACAACAAAAGAUGAGAUCUUUGGCAUCAUCGGGAGCAUUAAUCUCCCCAAUCUCGAAAAGAAAACAACACGUCAUCUUUAUGAACGCGUCCGAGGUGGCGGAAUCCGCGGUCGCGACGGAAGAGUUUUACGAGGUGACGCUGCCGAAACCAAUCGACGUGAAAUUUGCUCGCGGGAACGACGGCGGCGCGUACGUCGCGUUCGUCCCGCCGAACGAUCCAAAGUACGAGGUGUUUGAAAUCGGAGACAAAAUAGAAGGCGUGUCGGCGUCGUUCGGCGACGAGGUAUGGCCGGCGGAAUCUUUCGGUCAAGUCAUGUACGCGAUGAAAAACAGAAACGGAGACAUUUAUUUGAAGAUGAAGAAGAUGUUUGGCGAUUUCAGCGCCAUGGAGGUGGAGAAGAACUCACAGUUCAAAUCCGAAAGAGCGGGAGGGAACUACGGCGCCGGGACGAAGGAACAACAGAUGAAUAACUACUCCAAGAAGAGAGAGUUGGAGAACGAACGAUUAGACAUGUUCGACGAAGCGAUUGCUUUGUACAACCAAAAGAAUUUCGACGACGCGUUGAUUCAGUUCGAAGAAGUCGCCGCGUUAGAGCCGAAGAACUACAUGAGCGAUAACUUUGAAACGACCACGGAAAUUUACCGAGUGUGCCAAUACAACAUCGCCUGCUGCUUUUCCAACAUCGGUAAACUGGACGAGUCGUUGUUAGCCUUGAGAAGGUGCAUGGCGAGUGGGUGGACGGAUUACAGAAAGAUUCGCACCGACCCGAGCUUGAAAAACGUCCGAGCGAGUCCUGAGUUUACCCCGUUGAUGAACAAGUUCGACGAACCGAUUUUCAACGAAAACGCCGCGAAAUUUUUAGGCAACUUGUUCGGUAAGAAAUAA